AUGGAGGAGGGGAAUAAAAAAAAAAAAGCAGGACGUGGCCAACGGGAACGGAGGAGCGGGCCGGGCGCGGGCGGCGGAGCCCGGGCGCACUCCCCCCCCACCCCCGGGGGCACGGCUCGCAGCGGCCCAGCGGGGAUCGAUUACUCUCGCCUGGGCGACCCGCGGCGCCCGGGCCCCGAGCAGCCCCGGGCCCUCAACGAGCAGGAGAAGGAGCUGCAGCGGCGGCUGAAGCGGCUCUACCCGGCGGUGGACGAGCAGGAGACGCCGCUGCCCCGCUCCUGGAGCCCGAAGGACAAGUUCAGCUACAUCGGCCUCUCGCAGAACAACCUGCGGGUGCACUACAAAGGUCAUGGUAAAACUCCCAAAGAUGCUGCAUCAGUUCGUGCCACGCACCCAAUACCAGCAGCCUGUGGGAUUUACUAUUUUGAAGUGAAAAUUGUCAGUAAGGGAAGAGAUGGUUACAUGGGAAUUGGUCUUUCUGCUCAAGGUGUGAACAUGAAUAGACUACCAGGUUGGGAUAAACAUUCAUAUGGUUACCAUGGGGAUGAUGGACAUUCAUUUUGUUCUUCUGGAACCGGACAACCUUAUGGACCAACUUUUACAACUGGCGAUGUCAUUGGCUGUUGUGUUAACCUUAUCAACAACACCUGCUUUUACACCAAGAAUGGACAUAGUUUAGGUAUUGCUUUCACCGACUUACCGCCAAAUUUGUAUCCUACUGUGGGGCUUCAGACACCUGGAGAAGUGGUUGAUGCCAAUUUUGGGCAACAUCCCUUUGUAUUUGAUAUAGAAGACUACAUGCGUGAAUGGAGAACCAAAAUACAGGCACAGAUAGACCGCUUUCCUAUUGGAGACCGGGAAGGAGAAUGGCAGACCAUGAUACAAAAAAUGGUUUCAUCGUAUUUAGUUCACCAUGGGUACUGUGCCACAGCAGAGGCCUUUGCCAGAUCUACAGACCAGACUGUUUUAGAAGAAUUAGCUUCUAUCAAGAAUAGACAAAUUCUUUUUUCUUUCAGAGUUCGUCAGUUUAUAGAAAUGGUGAAUGGUACAGAUAGUGAAGUACGAUGUUUGGGAGGUCGAAGCCCAAAAUCUCAAGACAGUUACCCUGUUAGUCCUCGACCCUUCAGUAGUCCAAGUAUGAGCCCUAGUCAUGGCAUGAAUAUCCAUACCUUAGCAUCAGGAAAAGGAAGCACUGCACAUUUUUCUGGUUUUGAAAGUUGUAGUAAUGGUGUCAUAUCAAAUAAAGCACAUCAAUCAUAUUGCCAUAGUAAGCAUCAGUCACCCAAUUUGAAUGUACCAGAACUGAACAGUAUAAAUAUGUCAAGGUCACAGCAAGUUAAUAACUUCACCAGUAAUGAUGUAGACAUGGAAACAGAUCACUACUCCAAUGGAGUUGGAGAAACUUCAUCCAAUGGUUUCCUAAAUGGUAGCUCUAAACAUGACCACGAAAUGGAAGAUUGUGACACCGAAAUGGAAGUUGAUUCAAGUCAGUUAAGACGCCAGUUGUGUGGAGGAAGUCAGGCUGCCAUAGAAAGAAUGAUCCAUUUUGGGCGAGAGCUGCAAGCAAUGAGUGAGCAACUGAGGAGAGAGUGUGGCAAAAACACAGCAAAUAAAAAAAUGUUGAAGGAUGCAUUCAGUUUACUAGCAUAUUCAGAUCCUUGGAACAGCCCAGUUGGAAAUCAACUUGAUCCAAUUCAGAGAGAACCUGUGUGCUCAGCUCUCAACAGUGCAAUAUUAGAAACCCACAAUCUGCCAAAGCAACCUCCACUUGCCCUAGCAAUGGGACAGGCCACACAAUGUCUAGGACUGAUGGCUCGAUCAGGAAUUGGAUCCUGUGCAUUUGCCACCGUGGAAGACUACCUACACUAGCUAUGCAUUUCGAGAGCGCACUUAUAUUGUGGCAUUAGUGAACAUGGAAAUAGAGCAGCUCUGCUGAUUUGAAAUUUAGAUUUUUUUAAUUAUGUACUGGGGACAGGUUUUUGUCGCUUUACAUUGCUUCCUAGUUUACAGCAUGAUGCAAAUGAUUUUCUAACUUAGUGUUAGGAGAAAUUAUUUUCCAUCUUUAACCUCUUAGUUGUCUAAGAGUUAAAUAUUACUGAAUUUCAGACAUUCAAAUUGAUCAUCAGAAAUCCUUUAAAACAAUUACCUAAAAGAAACCAAAAAAAAAAAAUCCUGCCUUCUUUGUGGGGGAAGGGGGAAGGAAGUGGAAAAGUUGUGUUUGUGUUAGCAUGUGGGUGAUGUGAACUUCAAAUUGGGAGAUGUUCCGACCCCCCCACUCCCAUAUAAGCAUUCAAUCAGUGUAAUUUGCAAAAUGCAUAAACAUCCGACAGUUUGAAUUUAUAGUGUUGAUGGAAGAAAUCAUUUUUAAUGUGUACUGUAAAACUUGAAAUACUCAGGAGCUGAGUGAAUAUGUUUGUUGCUACUUACAAUCCCAACCUGUUAGUCCCAGUAGUUUUGUUUUAACAUGGUCUUUUUCAACUUUGUUUCCUGUUUAACUACAGAUGACUUCUGUUGUAGACUCACAAGUUUAACUGUUGUAUUAUAACAGUAUUACAUGUCAACAGUGUGGUUAUGACCUUUAUUUAUAUAAAACCAAAUAUUUAGUCAAUUUACUGUGUCUUAAUUUAAUCUUUGUACACCUUCCAUUUUUAAGUGCUUAAAUGAGUACUAUAUUGCAAUAAAAAAUGUAGUGAUAUAAUUAACCAGCCAUUAAAAAUUUACUUCUACAGA